AUGUCAUCACUGACUACAUCCAGAAGAAAUGGGUCUUUGGAAAGAGGAGACGCCUUCACCGAAUAUGAGAAAAUUCUUCUUCGGUAUUCUAACAUUUUUUCUUUUUUAUUUCUUUAUUUCAGAGAGGCAACACCACGUAUUCAAGAUUUCAAAGAAAUACGGGUUCUUGAACAGAUGCUUGACAAUCAGUCAAUAGUUGUGGCCGAGACACUUAUUGUUGAACGUAUCAGUAAGCCUUUGUGUCAUUAUUCCCUUCGGAUAGUAGAACUUAGAAGUGUGACUGCGCUCCGAGCGGCUUUCCACGAGAUUAAUCUCCUCAAAAAUAUUGGGAUACAUCCGCGCAUUAUGGGCUUAUUCAUGGCAUUCCGCCAUCGGCAAUACCUUGGACUUCUACAACCGCCAUUCUCUACAUUGCAUGAUAAGAUUGAUUUGUUACGUCGUUUCAAAAAAUCAGGGGGAACAUGUUCUCCUGUCAUCUUUAGAGACCCGUGCACUAAAAUUUCUAUGAAAAAUUGUUCUCGGAUGUCUGAACGUUUUUUGAAGGAACAUGGUGUUUUUAACAGGAAUGCAGUUGUAUUUGUACUAUUGCAGGUCAUUUCAGCGCUCGAAUUUCUCAAUUCAAAAAAUUUUGUUCACACACAAAUUUCCUCAUCAAGCGUUUUUAUUGACGGUCGAUGUUCUAUUAAACUAGGUUCAUUUAUGCAUUGUCGCCGUAUUGGAUCGAAGCGUUGUUUCUUCACUGGAAAUCCAAAUCUUUUUCCACCUGAAGCAUUUCAUUGUGAUGAUCUUUUUGUCAAGCCAAACUUUGACACUUGGGCUCUUGGACUCUUUGUUUUGGAGAUGGCAACGGGAAGGCGAAUGCGGUACUCGCGCAAUGAAAUGUCAGAUUUGGCUGCUAAAUUUCUCAAUGGCACUGAGGCACCACCAACACUAGAAGAAACAGCUCCUGAUACUGUUUUCCGUGGACAACAACUUUACGAUCCACAUGUUACAAACUUCCUUUCUGAAUGUUUCAAGAUACACCAUGCUAAACGCAGAGCUCCUCUUGAGCUAUUAUCGCAUCCUUUUUUGGCUCGUUUUUUCGAUAAAGGGGAAGCUCGUCUACAACUUGGAGUUGAACCACUUAAAGAGAUUCCAUGGGAGCGCAGAAGAAAUCUACGUCUUGAUAUCCUUACUUGCCAGUCACACUAUGCACCUCUCAAAGAAGAGCUCCUGGACCAAAUAUGUCACGCUGUUAGACUAGUGCAAGAUAAAAGUUGUUGUCCAAUAUUUGAAGAAGAUUUAAAGGAAAGAAUGUCUAAAGAUAAAUAUGUUGCAGUCAACGCUUCUUUAGCUUUCCUCCAAGAUGAAGACGAUGAUUGGAGCAGAGAAGUUUUAGAUGUUUCAAACGCAAGUUCACCCGACCGUACAAUUUUGCCCAAAACACGAGCGAAUAGGAGACCAACACUUUCUGGUGAACAAAUUCGUCGUCAAAAUGUAAAUUCUCCUUUUGAAGGACGGGAAUGUCAACGUUGUGAAAUGGUUUUUUUCAUAAAUCAAAAUUGGUCUAUGAACAACCGACACCUAUUUAUUGCGCUUCAAUUUGCUCGAUGGUUUGAACGAGGCCUAAUAGCUUUUGCUGAUUUGAUACGUGUAGUGGAUGAAUUAGAUGAUAUUCUCAUAGACUACAUAAUAUCCAGUGAACCUCGACCAUUAUCUCCAUACAAACAUCGAAUGUUGGCUGCAAAACCCGAUUCUGUAGCAUUUGUUAGUGGACUCCGACGCAGUUUUACUGAUCGUUCUCCAAGGGAUGAUAUAAGGUCCCAUCGUUACAACAAUAUUUUUGUUGAAGUUGCUCUUAGUUUGGAUGCGGUCUGCAAGAAAAAGGCAAAUAAAUUUUUGCAAUUUUUUUUUAAUUUGCCACUUUUUCAGCAAAAAAUGGAUCGGCUUCGAGAAGGCGACACUGUUCUCUACCCUAAAGAGCUCGGACCUUUAUAUGCAUCAGCAACAUUUUAUGAGCUAAAUAUGGAAAGACUUCGUCUUUUGGAAUCUAUAAUGCUUGGAAAACGAAGAAUUGAUGACUGGGAAUUUGAUGUUGAACAAUGUUUUUCUGAUUCAGCAAAUACUUCACAAACAUCUUUAACUACCCUGCUACAAGCAAGAAGAGAUAAUCCAAAUGCAAAAAUCAGUUCAGAAAUUGACUGGGAUGUUAGCAAUCAGGCAGAGCAUGCUAAGAUCUGGGGUGACUACAAACGCGAUUUUUUGUUUCGCUUCGCCAAAUAUGCGAUACCAUAUAAGCUAGAAACGGAAACAGUCAAAAAGCUUUAUGAGACACCAAAAUCCUCCAUCUCAAAAUCUCCUGUGGAAUCUUUAAUCGAACGUUUGCCUUGUGGAAUCCCGGACGAGGAUAAUGUUGAAUUACAACUGGCUAAAACACUUUCUAAACAAGAAGAGGAUGUGGCUUCGCCAAUUAAAUAUCAUGAUGAUGUCGAGGCUAGAGAAGAAUUAGUGCGGAAAUUAAUGAGCGAAAAUCAUGCGAAGGACUUGCGGAUUCGUUCAAUGGAAGAACAAAUGGAACAAUUAAGAACACAAUUGAAUGUUAAAUGUGAUUCCCCAUUAGGACUAGAUUGA